UCUGGGGGCCUGCUUUCUUAUUUAAACACCUUUUGUUUCACCUGUGCAAAUUACAAGCGUUUCAUUGUAAAAUGACACCUCCUCGCACUUAAAGACAGAAGCUAAGUUGGCAAAGACAACAGAACGCACACACUUCGUGCGUAUCAGGAAAAGUUCGAGGGAGGCUUAUCAUUUCAUCGUACGGUCAGUCAUGUCCUGGAAUACUCCUGUUGUGUUACUUGGGGCUCUAUGCAUCUUUGGCGGACUUCUCAAUGUUAAAGGCUCAUAUGAAGAGGACGGCUUGACUGCACAUAACAAGUAUCGCGAGAUCCAUGACGCUCCUCCCAUGAGAUUAGAUUCUAGCAUGACCAGGCAGGCAAGGGCCUAUGCUCAGCGGCUGGCAAGAAUGGGCAGUCUACAGCACUCGAGUUCUAGUGAGAGACCGGGUCAGGGUGAGAAUCUCGCCAUGGCGUGCGGCUCAGGAGGCUUGUCAGCCCAGAGAGCUGUAGCGAUGUGGUACGAAGAAGUUUGCAAGUUCAACUUCGACAAUCCCGAACAGAGUCGCGGCGCGGGUCACUUCACUCAGAUAGUUUGGAAAAAUAGUGUGGCGCUGGGGGUAGGAGUAGCUCACUCAGGGCGCUGUACUUAUGUGGUUGGCCGGUAUCGUCCCGCAGGAAAUAGGAGGGGUCAGUUCAAGAAAAAUGUUGCUAAAGGUAGUUUCGAUAAAAGUCAUUGCGGUGGUUGAGGCGGAGGUCGUGGUGGAGGAGGAUGGGGUCGACGUUGACGCUAAGCAUCAUAUGUGCAUCAAAACUGCUACCUGUGUUAAACUAAAAAAGAAACCAAUAAAGUAGUUGUAACCUUG